AUGGACGGCGCGGGCAGCGAGGUGCCGGCGGCCAUCCCGAGCAGCUUUCCGAUGACCGCCGUCGUCGCGGAGCAGAUGGAUGCGGCGGGCGGGCCCGCCAACGGGCUGCACAGCCCCGCAUCCUACGCCCCGGGCCCGGCGCCCGAAGAGCCGCCGCCCAAGCGCAGGCGCGGGCGGCCGCCCAGGAAGGAUCAGCAGCAGCAGCAGGGCGCUGCUGGAGAGCAGCCACAGCAACCGAAGCGAAGGGGCAGGCCCCCGGGUACCAAGAACAAGACUGGCUCAGGGACAUUCACACAGAUCAUGACUAUCAACUCUGGAGAGGAUGUGGUGGAGAAGCUGAAGGCAUUUGCUGCCGCACACAAGAAAUCUGUGUGCAUACUGGCAGCGUGUGGGUCCUUAUCCACUGCAACCUUGAUGCAGGUUGGCCAAGGCGGGCAGGGAGUGGGAGUCACUCUGAGGGGCCAGUUCACUGUGCUGUCCAUCUCCGGAGCCAUCCUGGAGGAGGUCAAUGAGGAGGCUACAGGGGAGCCAAAGACCUUCCUGAGUGCAUCGCUUGCUAAUCCUACAGGGGGGGUCGUUGGAGGCACCGUUGCUGGAGUGCUGAAAGCGAACGGAGUCGUAACUCUGGUGAUCUGCACCUGGGAUCCCAAGUCGCAACAGGGUCGGACGUCAGCAGCAUCCUCAGGGCUGCAAGUGGCAGGAACACCGCUGAUGACGACACCCAUGUUCCAGUCGCCCUCGUUGGCUGGAGUGGACCCGUCGGUGACCGCAGAUCACAGCGGCGUUGCAGCGCCCACCCCGCUGCAGCCCCCUGCUGGGCAGCAGCAAGUGCUCAACCCUGCCGAAGUCGUUGUGUCCCCUGUCAUCCCUGCCUCGCUUCCCUUGGCUGCCAAGCUGCCCAAUACAGAUGCGCCCAUGCCCACUGAAGAUGGGUCGCAGGCGCCUUGUGCAGACACCACCGAAAAUGCAGAGGCCAGAGGGCUGGAAGCAGCACAGGAGGGAAGAACCGUGACUGCAGAGGGGGCUGUGUGA